AUGAAAACAAACUACGAUGUCAUCAUUUCAGGAGCUGGUCCUGUAGGCCUCAUGCUCGCCACCGAACUCCAGCUACACGGUGCCAAUGUCUUAGUUCUGGAGAAAAGAGUCUCUCCUGAUACGAGUGUGAAAGCAGGUGGUAUCAACACCGCCUCCGUCGAGGCACUUGAGCGCCGCGGUCUUCUACCUGCUAUCCACGCCGCAAGGGGACCACUAUUCAUGUCUGCCUCUAAGGAGUCUGGUGGUAGGAAGUCUGUUUAUGCGGGCUCUGUGGGUCAUUUUGGAGGAAUUAAUGUCCCUGCAGGGCCUGUUGAUAAGACAGAUCCUUUGUUGAAAGGAAGAGGAAAAGAUGGAUGGUAUCUGAUGAUACCUCAGGUUGAGUUGGAGAAAGUAUUGUUUUCCAGAGCACUGGAGUUGGGUGUUACUAUCUGGCGAGGUGUGACAGUUCAAGCAUUCCAGGAGAAUGAAUCGGAUGUGGCUGUGCAGAUUGCUGGAGAAGGAGAAUCACGUGGAGAAGAAGUGCAGGUGCGUGGGAAAUGGCUUGUUGGGUGUGAUGGAGGACAUAGUCUUGUGCGUCGCCUAGCAGGAUUUGAGUUCCUGGGAACGGAUCCCAAGAUUACGGGUCGUGCAGCUACAGUUGAGAUUGAAGGUGGAGAGGAUCUCCGCGCAGGUUGGCAAUAUACAUCGACUGGAGUUUAUGUAUAUGGAGCAAUGCCAGGUCGAGUACGCACUGUGGAAUUUGAUGGACCACCCGCGGACAAAAAUUCCCCUGUCACAGCCGAGGAGAUGGAGAGCAGUCUGCGACGUGUUAGUGGUGUGGACACGAUUCGGAUUACGGGGAUCAACGCUGGAACUCGGUUCACCGACAAUGCGCGACAGGCGAACACGUAUCAGCGCGGACGAGUAUUUCUCUGUGGUGAUGCGGCACAUGUACAUUCCCCUUUUAGCGGUCAAGGGUUGAAUCUGGGUAUUGGGGAUGCUGUUAAUUUGGGAUGGAAGCUUGCAGCCGUGGCUUGUGGACGAGCAUCCGAGGACCUGCUUGAGACAUAUACUCGCGAGCGACAUCCUAUUGGGACUCGUGUCCUGGACUGGACAAGAGCCCAGGUUGCUGUCAUGCGUGGUGACCCUGACGGAUGUGCAAUGAGGGGUGUUAUGACGGAUUUGUUAGGCACAGGGGACGGAGCAACUCAUUAUGUAAAGCAGAUCUCUGGGCUAUGGCAGCGGUACGAUUUCGGUGAUGAGCAGCCACUGGUUGGGAUGACGAUGCCUGAUAUCCAGUUGGCAGAUGGGUCUCGUCUUGUCAACCAUUUCCACAAGGGACAUGCUGUACUCAUGGAUCUUGCCCAGCAUGAUGGAGUCGCAGCCCUGGCCAAAGAGUUUGGUGGACGUUUGAAAUUGGUUCGAGGGACCUCUGUCGAAAAUCCUGGGAUCGACGGGCUAUUUAUACGCCCUGACGGUGUUGUUGCAUGGGCAGCCAAGGAGGGCUCCUGUGAUAUCAAGAGGUUAAAAACCGCAAUGGCUUGUUGGUUGCGAAAUGAUAACCUGGUUACUUCUAAGUGA